AUGGCUUCUCUCUUUUCUAAACGUCUGACCUGCUUCUACUGCGGGCGGCGCGCUACUCGACCGACCAGUGGUCCUGUUCGCAAGUUCCGCUGCGAACACUGCGAAGCCGACAACCAUCUAGACGAGAAUGGAGAAAUCACAGAUCCCCCAGCCGCGGAGACAAAUCCAGGAAUCUACGGACCCGACGGUUCAAGCCCGCCCUUCGAAACAACCACCUUCACCGAAUCCGAUCUAUUUUGCUCCAAAUGCACGCGCAACCAGCAUCUUUUCACCAGCCAACUAGCUUCCUAUUUCCCUCCCGUGGACGAUCCUCUCUACAAGGCCGCCGAGCGCGAGUAUCCGCAGUUCCGCAGGAACCUGGAGGAACGAUACCCUCAAGUGUGCGACAAAUGUGAGCCUCGUGUGAGAGAUCGUAUACGUCGGACUGGAUAUGAGGCGAAAGCGGAUCACCUCAGACGUAUGAUGGAUCGGAGUAGAGCGAGUAAAGCCUCUCGACAGGCUAGGAACCGGAAUUGGAGGAGUUUGCUGGUCAUUACAGGCGCGCUCGGUUACUGGGGUAGCAUUGCUACCCAGCUUGCGUGGGAUUCAAUGAGUGUUUUGGCUAGCGGUCAAUUGUCGGAUGGCGUGAACACACCUUCACUGGCGUCUUGUGUCAGUCAGACGGUAGGGAUACGACGCAUCCCUAGCAACUGCGCCUUCGAUCUGGCGCCCUUGGCUGGCCUCGGACUUAUUGCGGGUAGUCUUUCUCUUUGGUGGAAUCCGAAGCUGCGCAUGAAGGUCGAGGGGAGAGGCGGCAGGUUCGCUGGUCUUGGGGAGUACUACAAGGUCCAACUGAUAGUCUUGGUCGUGAGGUGUGUGUUUUGGGCGGUGCUCAAGGAUCCGUCUGCCAGUGGUCUGAAACCCACUUUGCCUCCAGCUUUACACUUGUUCAUGGUCUUGUUCACAUUUAUGUCUGUGGUGAUAUCCCGCGGUCUGGUCAAGUACGACACUCGUCCCCUGGUGAAUUGGUCGGAUAAAUCGUGGGAAAAUACUCCAAUUCGAAGCACAGAGACAUCGCCCGUAACGGCCCCUCGCAGCAGACAAGUUCAUUCGACCCCCACCGCAAAUGGCGUGCGAAAUAACCAGCGUUUUCCAAUCGAGACACUGGCGUCUCCUCGGCCUGUUCCAGAGAGAUCUCCGACAAUUCCUCCCAGUCCUCCAGAGACGGACGACAUGGAUUGGACUCCCUCAGCCCCGCAAGAUAUUCGACCAACCGUGAGCGUCUACCAACGGGACCAGCCGUCUGUUUUCGAUGGACCCCUCCCGUUUUACGGAACUCUUCCGUCGGCCCCAAAGCCUCCUGCGUGGAAACUUCAAGAUCAAACUCCCAAAAAGCCCAUCGCACAAGUUGUUGAACCCAAUCCGUUUACCCGAAUCCCUACCCAGCAAGCCAACCAGUGGCAACAAAGGUCGGGUCGCUCUGAACCUGUGUUCAGGCCUCCAACCUUUUUCCCAGAUCAGGACACAUCUACGGGACUGGAGACGUUGUUCGACAAUGCAUUCACAAUACAAUCACCCGAUGACCCACCCAGGAGCAACUGGGCACAGCAGAAUCAGGAUCCAAGGUCUGCGUAUCCUGAGAGGGCUCAAAAAUUUCUCAUCUUCCAAUAUCUUCGGCUUGGAUUAUUGGGGUUCUCUAUUUUUGCGUGGAUGUCGUCUCAGAACCGCCAGUUACCGAUUCCUGGGAAUUACAUCGAGGUCGGAGCUUUGGGCAGCGCAAGUCUUAUCGCAGGAUUUGCUCUCCUGGAGCUUGUCAAAAGACCUCUAGCACACUGGAACGGCAUGGAGAUCUUGAUCUAUAUCACAGAACUCGUUGCGGCUGUGCACCUAGGAGCGCAUUUGCCAGGCGUCUCUUUUGACCGAGAAUAUUUUGAUCGGUACGGCAAAUUGCUUUUGGUAUUCAUGGCUGUGCAGGAGGCGCUUGGUCUUGUGGCAUUCUAUCGAGCGGCAUCACCUCAAGGACAAGAAGACCGGGUACCUGCAGAGUCUUUUUUGUCCCAACAGGGAUCGCCGCAACAAGAACCACAUCGCAAUGCUAUUUCCUGGUCUCCAGUUGACUCAAGCCCUCCCGGACCCCAAUCAUUGAGCUCGGCACGCUCUGUUGCUCCCUCGCUCUCAUUUUCGUCAGGGGCAGGAGGAUCCAGCUUCUCCACCGCAUUGCCUCCUGCGCCACAAUACCGCCUUUCCUCGUCCCAGACCUUCCACUCAUUUCCGACCAACGACAACAAGAACCCUCACAGUUUCACCAUGAGCUCUUUGAAGGAAAGCGAUCCUCCUUCGGACUAUGAUGUGGAUUCAGAUAGUGAGACCGUCGCUACGACCGCCACAACGCUCACUGAUGCCACCACUCGUAACAUCCGAUAUGGCCGCAACCCCAAUCUUGACUAUGGCUCUCCGUUCUCACCGAAGCGGAGCGAACUGGGUCCCGGUAUAGGUGGCUUGAGUCUCGAAGAUCGACCUUCUGCUCGUCGCAUGACCCGCAGCCAGACGCAGCAAGGUCUCUCGGCGCGGCGGCCCCGUGCGGCCAGAUAA